AUGUCCAAAGUGUGGGAAAACAUUUACCAAGGAAAGCAGUCGGUUGGGGAGUCUUUGGAGGAGAAGUAUGAGGGUGCCAGGGCUUGUUAUUCGGAAAAUGGGUCAACCUUUUGGGAUGUAUUCAAUGCCGAUGAAUUUGCGGAGUACAGGAAGGACAAUCUCUUCUACCCUUUUGCGUCCAAGGAGGAAUGGGAAGUUGCUGACUAUCUCCUUCGCUCAUCCCUGAGUAUGGCAGCAAUUGAUGAAUUCUUGAGGCUUCACAUGAUCCAAAAUUUACAACUAUCAUUCAGCAAUGCUAGUGAAUUGUGUAGUCAUGCCGAGAUGCUCCCCAGCGGACCAAGCUGGAAAUGCCAGACCAUUCCCUCACUUCAUCCUACAAAACUUCCUAUCUGCUUAUUCUGGCGAGAUCCCAUUGAAUGUCUGGAAAGCCUUUUCAGCAAUCCUCUGUUUCAUGAUAAGCUCGAUUUUAUCCCUCAUCGCAUGUACAAAAUGGCAGUGCAGCUUCUGAGGGUAUAUUCUGAAUGGUUGACAGGUAAUUCUGCAUGGGACGUGCAGGAUCGCCCAUCCACUCUUCUCGGCGUCACCAACAUACAUAUGCAUACUCGGAUGAAACUCUCACCCAAAGCAUUCAUGCUCACAGCUCUCCUCCCCAUUCCAAAGUACCUACACCCCAACCAACAGAUGUGUGGCAUGCUUGAAGACCACCUGGUGCAUGAGUGCCUUUCAAUUGUCCUGAAGCCCUUGAUGAUAGUGGCAGAAGUUGGCAUCAUGAUGUACGAUCUGGUGGGAAAUGUUCAACACUGUUUUAUGCCUCUUGCAGUGUACAUCGUUGAUACCCCAGAGGCAGCCAUGCUUGCGUGCGUGCGUGGGAAGACAUCUCCUUUCACCAUGGCUUUUAUCACAGUUGAUCCCAAUGAUCUCAAGGCAUAUUUUGAGGCAUGUGCUGAACACCGGCUAAAUGGUGUUCAUGCACCUUUCUGGAAGGGCUUCCCCCACGCUGAUCCCUCCAUAUUCCUGAUGCCAGAACCACUACAUCACUGGCACAAGGAAUUUUAUGACCACAACCUUCAGUGGUGUCUCAAGGUUGUUGGGGCCCAGGAGCUAGAUUUCAGGUUCUCUAUUUUACAGCCCAUCACAGGCUAUCACCACUUUGCAGGUGGAAUUUCGAAACUCAAGCAGGUCACAGGCAGAGUUCAUUGUGACAUUCAGCACUAUAUUGUUGGCCUGAUAUCUGAUUGCCCUGCACCUGACAACAACUUACUGUCAUGUAUUGACCAAUCCCUUUUGACAUUUCAUGAGAAUAAGAAUGUUAUCAUGACAUUAGGUGCAUGGAUGGGAGCAAAGAAACUGAUUGACAAUUGGUUCAUCCCCAAGUUGGAGCUCCUGCAGAGCAUCACAUCUAGUAUGCACAAAAUUGGUGCCCUCAUCCAGUGGUCCGCAGAUGCAACUGAACACGCCCAUGUAUCUAAAAUUAAGGACCCUGUGCAACACACAAACAAUAAUGAUUACGACCCACAGAUACGUCGCUUUCUGGAUUGUCAGGAGAAACUGCGACAUUUUGCAAUUGCUACAACACUCAAAAGCCACAAUCCUGUAGAUGUUGCUGAGGAGAAUGAAGGGGAAGAAGACGAUAUUGAUCCUGAUGAGGGGGAGCCAUCUGAUCCACAGACUGCCCUCCUCGAGGAGAUGAAUCAAACACACAUUACCAUGAAUUAUUUCAGCAAAGCGAAGCAAUUUGCUACCCUCAGCUGCAGAGAACUUGCUUACCCCCCUCAAACAUUUAUAGGUGGUACCACUGCUAUCCAUCUCAACUAUGGUCCAUCUCGGAACAGAGUCAAAGUUGGGGACAUUUCUGUUGACUACAAUAUACCGGAUCUGCAUGUCCUGCUUUCAGAUUUCUUGCAGUGUGACACAAGGGGCAGAGGAGUAGUUCAUGAGGUCGCUUUAAGAAGGAGACCGUUGAUUGAUCGUCCUCCAAUCCUUCCAUUUGAUCGUGUUCAAGUCUGGCAUUCAGUUCGUCUACAGCAAACAUCCUUCCAUGAUUCUAGCAUCAUAUUACCAGCCCAGACUGUACAUGCCUCUCCUUUGGGCCCUGGAUGGCCCAAAGGCCGACGGGAUUUUGUCCUGGUCAAUAUAGACGGAGUUGCUGAAUGGCCCAAAUCAGGCCUAACAGGUCACACAAUCUGUGAGUUAUAUCUUAUUGUACGUCCAAUUGCUCGGCGAGGUUCUCGCAUUAAAUGGCGAGAUCAAUAUCUCUGCUAUGUACAGUGUUUGAGUAUUGGCCCAAUUGAUCCAGCCACUGGGAUGCAUACACUGAAACACACGAAGCAUGCUGAUGGCUCUCCUGUUGGUAAUUUCAUUCUGUUGAAUCAACUUCAUGCGUUCACCAAUGCGCAACUAAUGAAAGCAACAUCUUUGCAUUACUCCCACUCGUUUUUUUUGAAUAAAUACUUUGAUAAAGAGAUCUACAAUGCCAUUUACUAUGCUUCACAAUGA